UAUAGCGUAGUCGAUUUCGAGCCUCGUGGUCGUAGAUAUAGAUCGAGGAAACGAAGGAGGAGAAAUAGAUACAAUCUCGUUUUGUGGGAUACGAAAUUCAAAUUAGUCUGUGCGAGAAACUCAGAUAAACCCUCGCAAAUCCUAAAUCGGUGGGAGAUUGAAGAACGGUUCACGGAAAUAUGAAGACGACGAAGGGAGGGAAAGUGAUGAACCCUACUGAUGCCUAUCGCAAGGAGCAACGCAAGAGAGAAAUUAAACGUAACAAGAAAGAGAGGCAGAAGGUAAGAGAAGUUGGAAUUUUGAAGAAGGAUCCUGAGCAAAUCAAGGAACAGAUCAGGAAACUUGAUAUGUCAAAAGCUGAAGGUGCUUUGGACAAAGCAAGAAAACAUAAAAAGAGACAGCUUGAAGAUACUCUUAAGAUGGUGGUGAAGAAGAGAAAGGAAUAUGAUGAGAAAAAGAAGGAGCAAGGUGAGGCCACAGCCUCUGUUAUGUUCAGUCAUCUACCCCCUCAACGAAGAACAACCGGCGAAGAGGACUUAAAACCAGAGGACUCUGUUUACUAUCAUCCUACUUUGAACCCGACUGGUGCACCACCCCCUGGAAAACCACCAAUGUAUAAUUCAUCAAUAGGGCCUAGUAUCUCCUCAGAUGGUGCUUCAUCUAGUGGUGCUGCAUUGUCUUCUAUUACUGAGUUAGACGAUUCAGUCCUAGUUGCUCCUCCUCCUCUUCCUCCACUCCCUCCUCUACCGGAUGGGAAUAAUACUUUAUCAGCUUCUUUGCCACCUCCACCUCCUUUGCCACCAACUACAGGCCUCACUUUGCCACAUGCACCAUUCCCACCACCACCUCCGGGGCCACCACCAAAAGAGCAGGAUUUCGUUCGUCCUCCUCUUCCCCCUGCUCCUCCUGGUCUAGUUGGAAAUGAAGGUGAUGGAAGAUUCCCUGAAUCAUCAGAUGUAACCUUGAACAAUGGCAAGAAUGCUGAUAUAACUACUGUCCCUCCUCCCCCACCACCCGGCCUUCCGUCAGGUCCUCCAAGCAAUGAAUCUGAGAGUGGCCCAUCAGAAUCUAACGCGAGUAGUUUUCAAAAUGCUAACCUCUCUAAGAUGGUUGCACCACCGCCACCACCACCUAUACAUCAGCAACAUCAAUCAACAUUUGCAGGAGCUGCUGCUCCACUGACUAAUUUUCAAACUGAUGCUCAUCUGCUUCCAGGAAUGUUGCGUUUUCCACCUCAACCGUCUCCACUCGAUAUGCAUCCUCCGCAUCCUGGAAUGUUGGGUGGUCAUCUGAUCCCAAGGCUACCGCAUGGCCCACCUCCUGGACCGCCUCCUAUGAUGAGACCGCCGCUUCCACCAGGACCACCACCGUCUAGUUUUCAAGACAGUCAAGCAAUGAUUAGACCAUAUGUACCAAACAAGCCAUCUUAUGUGAAAUCUGCUGCUCCUACUGUUGUCAGGAGACCACUCGCUCAACACACACCUGAGCUUACAUCCAUGGUCCCUGCGUCAGUUCGAGUCAGAAGAGAAACAGUAGCUGUGACCAAACCAAAGCCGAAGACUUCGACGGGCACGAGCUUGGGUUUUACACCAAGAGCGGUGGCUUCUGCUGCACCUGUGAAGAUAGAGUCAGCCAAGACAUCUGCAGCUUCAAAGCCACCUAGCAUUGAUGAUUCUUACACAGCUUUCCUAGAAGACAUGAAAGCUCUUGGAGCGCUUGAUGGAUAAACUUAUGGUCUUAUUGUCUUCAAACAGUGUUAAUUUGGUGUUGUUGGAUUAAGACCUUGGAGAAGUAAAGAUUGUUAUAUGAACAUAACUCUGGUAACAGUUUUGUCUUAAUUACCAAUCUCAAAGAAGAAGAAAAAAAAUAACUCAUAUUAUUUUUGAGUUUAGAAGAA